GACAAUAGGCUAAGACCCACGACUAACAACUGCACCACGAGAUGUGAUAUAUAUGAACAUCAAACGCUGCUUUUCAGUACUGACCAGCAGAGGUCACUAAUGGUCAUUGUGUUAAAAACUCUGCGUAAUGAACAAUUUUUCAGCACAAUUUGGUGAAAACCCAAAAGGCUUCAGAAAGCCUUGGUUUCCACAUCAUUAGGCGUUAGCUUUCUGGUUCUGUUUGAAUGUUGCUCGUUGAUACUUGUAUCGGUUGGCUCUGGUCUUGAGAGCGGCACGCAGCCUGGGAGACGAAGCGGCCAGUCAAGCGCUGUUUAGGGCUUAAACGCCCCACGAACAUUGCUUACAGGAAGAGGGUGCAGUGGAUGAGCAGCUGGACGCUGGUUAACGUUAGACCUAAAAACAGGGAGGGGGCAAUAUUCAUGCAUUCUAAAUUAUGGAGCUAAGACGGACAAGCCCCGCGUGCAAUUGUGCUUUACUAUGUGGAAUAACCUUCUGUCUUAUUUUCGGUGUAAAUCUAACAUUCGCUAUAGAGUUGUACGCCCCGGCGGAAGUGCUGGUUGAGAAUGGCACCACGGGGAUCCUCAAGUGUUCCUUCAAGUCCAGGGAAGUGAUCAGCAGCGCAGCCACAGUCACCUGGUCGUUUUGCCCGGCGGGAUCCGACGCCGGAAGCGCUGUUUCCAUUUUCUAUUACACUUCUGCAAACCACUAUCCAGGGAGUGUGGCUCAAUUCAAAGACAGGGUGAAAUGGGCAGGAGACCUGAACAAAAAAGAUGCCUCGGUUCAUUUAAUUGAGGCGCAGUUCAACGACAACGGCACCUACUCGUGUGCCGUGAUUAACCCGCCUGACAUAUCUGGCACCGCCGCUCAGACACAGCUCAAGGUCGUCAUCAAAGAGUCUCUCCCUCAAGACAACACGGCCGUCAUAGUGGUCGCCGUGUGCGGCGCCGUCAUCGGGCUUAUCGUCAUCUCUGUGGUUAUCUGCUUGAUCAUCAAGAGGCAUCAAACCACCCAUGAAUACGAAGGCUGCACGUCAGUGGAGAGUGUGAGCUCCCACGCCACACGCCCGGGGGGGAAGAAACCAGAGUCCAGCUUGAAGGGCUCCAGGUGUAGCAGCCACUCCACACCGGUCCAGGUAGGAGCUACAGGACCUGUGAUAUACGCCCAGUUGGAUCACUCAGGCACCAAGAACCCCAACUCAUUCCACAAGAUGGAGCCAGUGGUCUACGCUGACAUAAGGAAAAACUGAAGAGAACUGGAGACCAAAAGGGACAGGCCACCAUAGCUCGCUGCUUUGGGAUGGGUGGGUGGGGGUUGUUUAAAUACAAGGUUAGAAUUUAUGAUGUUUUGAAAGAUAGUUUUUUUGUCAUUAAUUUCUCCUUUUGUCUGCAGAAAGCAUUCAUUGCAUGUUCAUGUGUGUGAUAAAACAGUUACGCUACCAAGGCUUUCAAUACAAUAAUACAACACAGAGAUUAGAGAAACACUGCCUUCAGAAAGUAUUCAUACCCCUUGACGUACUCCACAUUUUAUUGUGUUACAGCCUGAAUUUUAAAUGGGUACUUUUUUUUUUUUUACCCAGCUACCCACAAUACCCCAUAAUGACAGUGAAAACAUGUUUUUGUUAGCAAAUUUAUUGAAGAUGAAAUAUAAAAUUUAGAAUCACCUUUGGCAGUUAUCACAGCUGUGAGUCGUUCUGGGUAAGUCUCUAAGAGCUUUGCACACCUAAAUUGUACAGUAUUUGCACAUAUAUUUUAAUAUUCUUCAAUCUCUGUGAAGUUAGUUGUUGAUCAUUGCUAGACAGCCAUUUCUAAGUCUUACCAUAGAUUUCCAAGCCCAUUUAAGUCUAAACUGUAACUAGGACAAUCAGGAAUAUUAAUGUCGUCUUUGUAAGCAAUUCCAGUGUGUAUUUGGCCUUGUGUUUUAGGUUAUUGUCCUGAAAGGUGAAUUUGUCUCCUAGUGUCUGUUGGAAUGCAGACUGAACCAGGAUUUCCUCUAGGAUUUUUGCCUGUGCUUGGCUCUAUUCCCUUUAUUUUUUCCCCCACAAACUCCCUAGUCCUUACCAAUAACAAGCAUGUUACCUGUAAAAUGAUGCUGCCACCACCAUGCGUGUUACUCAGUGAUGUGUUGUCGGCUUUGCCCCAAACAUAUCUCUUUGUAUUCAGGACAUAAAGUUAAUUUCUUUGCCACAUUUUUUGAAGUUUUACUUUAUUGCAAACAAAAUGCAUGUUUUUUUUUUCUGUACAGGCUUCCUUCUUUUCACUCUGUCACUUAGGUUAGUAUUGUGGAGUGACUACAAUGUUGUUGAUCCACCCUCAGUUUUCUCCUAUCACAGCCAUUAAACUAACUGUUUUAUAGUCACCAUUGGACUGAGCGGUUUCCUUCCUCUCCGGCAACAGAGUUAGGAAGGACACCUGUAUAUUUGCAGUGACUGGGUUUAUUGAUACACCCUCCAAAAUGUAAUUAAUAACUUCACCAAGGGAUAUUCAAUGUUUGCUUAUCCCCCCCCCCCCCCCCCCCCAUUUACCAAUGCUUUCCUUGUGGUUAAAUCUGUGUUUGAAAUUCACUGCUUGACUGAGGGCCCUCAGUCAAUUUAAAGUGUGGGGUGCCGAGAUGAGGUAGUCAUUCAAAAAUCAUGUUAAACUCUAUUCUUGCACACACUAAGUCCAUGCAACUUAUUAUGUGACUUGUUAAGCACAUUUUACUCCUGAAUUUAUUUAGGCUUGCCAUAACAAAGGGGUUGAGUAAACUCCUUGUAAAAAUGGAUGAAAACAUAAUUCCACUUUGACAUUGUGUGUAGGCCAAUGACACAAUCUCAAUAUAAUCUUUUUUAAAUUCAGGCUGUAACACAACAAAAUUUGGAAAAAGUCAAGGGGUGUGAAUACUUUCUGAAGGCACUGUGCAUUAACUGCAUGCGUAGUAAUCAGUUUUCUGUUUUACAAUCCAGGGACCAUGAUAGCAACAUGUUAACCAUCAGCUCAGUCCAACACAUUGGAUGUUAAAAUUAUGGUUUAGUUAUAGGAUAACUGAAAUGCAUUGGUGUUUUGUCUGCAAUCAUGUUGCCUUAACAAAAUUGUUACCUUGUAACAUAUUUAGAUUAACUCCAUAUAUCACGCCGGUACACAGCCAUGGAAAGCCUCAUGGUGAAAUUACUUUGGUGUAGAGUUUGUGUAUUGUCCUAUAGGUUGGCACAUUGCAUUGAUAUAUCCAUGUCUGAAACCAUACCUGCCACUGGCUUAGAAACUGAACUGUUAAAUGGAAACAUGGACAAUGACCAAUUUUUUUUUGACCUUGCUUUUAUUGUAUAGAUAUUAUACACUGUUUACAUGUAAUUUAUUAACUGAGCACAACUAAUUAUGACAAAAACCAUGUUUGACAUAUUUUCGUUUUGACAUCUGUUUUAGAUUUCAUGUGAUCAUGUGAGACUGAUAUCAUGGGCCAAAUAUCUUCCAUUAAUUACUCUACUUUGAUGUAUCACUGUGCUUUUAAUAUAUUCAAAGUUCAUAAAAGUCUUAUUUUAUGUUACAAAGCCAAAUGUUUCUAUUCCAAUGAGUCAAUCAUGUUUGAUUGAAGAGAUGCAUUAAUAGUCCGUUUUAAAGAGCAACUGAACGUAAUAAGCAACUUUUUUCUUUUGAAAAGAGGCUAUGUGGUGUCUAUGAGUCAAACAUCUAUUUUAGUGUCAAAAUUGACUACAAAGUGUAAAUAGGAUAAUUUGGGUCAUAAAGUCAGUCUCGUACAAAACAGAUUUGUGAGGAAAAAGUUGUGUGUCAUGGAAUGAAGGGUACCAUAAACUCAACCCCAGGAUAACUGUUAUUUCAAUCCUGUCCACAGCUGGCAGCACCCAAGUAAUCAUUAAUUUGGAGUGCAGCUGCACGCGACCUGAUAUAAUGUCCAUGUUGAAUUUGGUUUGACAUUAGAUAUCCUUAUGAGGGUAGUUGGGGACCAUCAGUGAAUUACACAAUGUACAUGGGACAAUAUUUUUUAAAUGCAAAUAGCUCCAAAUGUCAAUGACUUGACCUUAAACCAACUGUAAAUUGUUGAAAUUCAUGUACAAAUAUUCACAGCAAUUAAUGAGACAAAAGGUGUGCAACAAGAAAUUUUUGUUCCAUUUAUAUAGUGUAAUUUAUUGAUGGUCCCUAACUAGCCCCACAGAUGGCCUAUCCAAAGUCAAACCAAUUUUUGCCAAGGUCCCACGCCAGCUAGCUGAAGCUAAUUGGCAAAUUAAGUUGACCAGCUUGCUAGCUCGGCUAGGCUACUUCCAGACACAAUACCUGGUUACACUGUUUCAAGUUAUCUAGAAAGGUGAGUGACUGUAACUGUACUGUUCCCGGCAGAGUGAAAGUGCUCCAUGUUCGAACACACGCUAGACACCCACAUCAAAGCACACCCCCAAAACCCAAAUGUCGUUUUCAGUCCUAAUGAGGAGAAUCGAAACCAAGUCUAAAUCGGGACAUUCAACAUCUCUUAAUGUUUUCAUUUGUUUCAAAAUGCAGUUGUCUUACCCCGACCAACAUUUAUGCAUAUGGAUAGUUUAAUGUAUGUAAAAUAUAGUGCUCCUUACUGUAAUUCAUUCCUUUCUGCUCAAUGGUAGUACCUCUUGGUGUUUUAACAAAAUAAUCAAAUAUGUGUUUCAGAAUUCCAAUUUGAUAUUGUGUAUCUUUUUUUUAUUUUUUAUGCUCUGUCUUGAUGCUGAGCCUUCCACUGUCAUGUCUUAAAAAUCCGUCUUUAGUGUUUUUAACUAUGUUUUCGCUGUUGACAAAAUGGUUUUGAUCACCCAAGAGUGCUAGAGGAAGCGUCAUUCCUGUAUUCCAAAACUGCCUUAUCCACUAGUCCUGCAAAAUAUAGCAAAAGUUAUUGACAAUUUACAUUCCAAAAAAAUCAUCAAAUACUGUAGCUUGUGCUUGUGCAGUGUUAGUGCGUGUGUGUGUGGUAAUAGUUAAGGUAGUAUUGUCCUUGAUUAUGCAUUAUGAAAAGGCGUUUCGUUUACAGUAAGCUCAAAUGCUCAAAAAAUGACGGUGUCAAAGUUUGGAUAAGUACAGUUUACAAAACCCAUUCCACUGUUACGUGUCUUAAGUGUGAAGUUGUACUUUUAGCUGUUAAGUAGCAAUAUAGUGUAUGUCAUUUGGUGCUUGUUUAUAUAAUAUUGUAUGUUGCAAAACCUGCACUAUAUCCCGCAUAUCAAAGACCACAAGCACUAUAUGAUUUUAUUUUUCUUCUUCUGUUCGAUGUCUUAACUGGAAUGUAGUACAUUUAGUGCCUUUUUGUAUUUCAUCUACCAACUUGAACACCUGCUCUCUAAUUUAUCUAAUUUAUUUUCUUCCUUCAUUGUAUGUAUGUUUUUUUUUAUACAUAUAGAAAAACAUAAUCCUCUGUAUCUGAUUAUCAAUGUUAUAUAAAAGCCAUUUCCUGA